AUGAUCGGACAGACCGUGGGGUCUUACGAGGUCUCUGAGUUCUUGGGCUACGGGAACACAGGUACAGUAUAUAAAGCCCAGUCUACUUGCUCGGAAGCUGAGUGUAGCCCGUCCUUUGUGGCAUUGAAGAUAGCAAGUAAAACACAAAGAGAUCAUGAAUGCACAGGGAAUCCUUUUGCGAAGGAAUUUGAUCUUCUAGCGGCUAUGCAUGCAGCGAAUCCUGCCUGUUUUGUGCGCCCUCUGGGGUGCGGCACGACAGAGAAUGUCCAUUUUCUGGCCACGGAGUUAAUGGACGAGACUCUUGAUCGCUGGGGAGAACGGCUCCGGCCAAUGUUAGUCUCUGGACUCACUGACAAAGUGGCAGUUACAAUCCUUUCUAAGCUGCGCAGCACUAUCGAUGCUCUUGCGACUGCUCAUGCCCUUGGCUAUUCUAUCCGCGACAUCAGUCCCCGCAACUUUCUGGUUAAAGACGACGUAGCCAAGGCAAUUGAUCUAUCCUCUGCCAUCUUUAUUACAUGCGAUACAGUGCAUCCUGACACGCGUGUCACUCCAAGGUACGCGUCUUCUAAUGUCGUAGUUGGUGGGAAAGCCCAGUACAGUGAUGACUACGAGGCCCUGUGCUAUCUCUGGUUAGAUAUCUUGACUGACCGCCUGGCAUGGCGUAAGUGUAAGAAGCCCUCGCUAAUAAGGGAAAUCAAACUGGCUUGCUUAGAUGCGUUCACUGAGUACUAUGGUAAUCUUCCUCCCCUCUUCACAAGCAUGCUACGCUUAGCUAGAAACGACGAAGAGCAGCACGACUCCAAAGACUACCAUAAAAGGCUAGUAGACCUUGUUGAUGAGCUGCAACCUAGUGAUUUAGCAUGCAUAGUGUUAGACUUUAAAGACAAUAGUAGCGCAUUUGUGGCUUACGACGGAGUCUUCUAG